AUGAAUCUUGGCUCUACACUAAUGUCCGAAUUGGUCUCGGAAUCUUCAUCUGCAUUUAUAUUUUCAUUUUCAUUUUUAUUUUCAUUUUCACUUUCAUUUUCAUUUUCCUCUUCUGCAACAAGACGGCGAAUUAGGCGGCUCAUGGAGCCCCACAAGUCGUCGCUGCUUGCCUUCUGGGGCCCCUUCGAGGCAGCAGCAGCAGCUGCUGCUGCUGCAGCAGCAGCUUCUGCAGCAGCAGCAGCGCUGGCUGCUGCUGCUGCAACUUGCUGUUCUGUGCCCCCAUGCUGCGCCUCUCUCCAAGCCGCCUCCCGCGCUGCUGCUGCUGCUUCUGCUGCUGCUGCUUUGGGGACAAAAGUGUCUGUUGCUGCGUCUAAGAAGCGCGAGGCUGCUGCUGCAGUCCACGGCGUGAUCGCAGCAGCAGAAGCAGCAGCAGCGCCAGCUGCAGCAGGCCGCAGCUGCAGCAGCAAAUCGCGAGGCACCAAGGGAGACAGCGAAGACGGAGACCAAGUCUUGGGCCCCUCGUUCUGCAGCAGCCUGCUGCUCCACUCUCCCGCUAGUUCUUCAGUUUCUGCUGCUGCUGCUACUGCUGCUGCUGCUGCUAGCUCUCCUGCUGCUGAGCCUGCUGCUGCCGUGCCGCUUGCUGCUGCUGCUGAUGCUGCUGCAGGCGGUGCUCCACCAGCUCCUGCAGCGGAACCGCCUGCAGGUUCGCCGGCAGCAGCAGCAGCAGCAGCCGGCGCAGCAGCAGCAGCAGCCGGUGCAGCAGCAGCUGCAGACUCAUCGCUGCAGCAAGAAAAGCCCUUGGGCUUCCUAGCAGCUCCUGAGAAAUGCCUCUUCGGGUGUACAGACAGUGAGCUUCCAAUGUCCUUAGAGGGGCCCCACAUGGGCACCUCUGGGGGGCCCCCUUGUUGGUCCCCCAGGGGGCCCCCCAAGGGGGUCCCCGGGGGCCCCCCCAGGGGGCCCCCCUGGGGCCCCCCAAGGGGGGCCCCCAGGGGGCCCCCCAGGGGGGCCCUGGAAACUAAGAAAGCCGCAUGGGGCCCUCCUCCAGCACUCCUGGAGCUGCUGCUGCUGAGGCGCAAGCUAGAGGCUUCCCACAGCAGCAGCAGCAGCAGCAGCAGCAGGAGCAACCGCUGCAGCACCGGCAGCAGCAGCUGCUGCCGGCGAGGCCAAACGCCCAUAAGCAGUCAAAUAAACCGCGAGGCCCAUCGCCUGUGA